GUGGGUCCACCGGCGCAAAGGAAAACCCACAUUUUUCAUUGUUAGGGACACGGUGGAAUGUGAUGGUUUGAUCCUACAGCGCAGGGAGUGGAGGGAAGAAACAACGAAGGCAGUUCAGGAGGAAAACAAACCCUGUCCCGCUGGUGUACCAGUAAAAUCUGUGAAAGAACUUAUGUUCAGUCUGGUUCAAACCUACAGUCAUCUUGUCGGAACUCUUCGACACAAAGCGAAUCAAUUUUGGGACUAUCGCAGAUUUUUUCAUGGCAAGGGCUUGUGGAUGGAGCUCCAUAGUGAAACCAUCUGGUGACCGACGGGCUGCAUUUACCAGCUGCUUAGCACCCAACACAAGAGGAUGUCUCCAUAGAAAGUGAUAGACACCCAUGUUGACCAUCAAGCUGAGGGGAGUUGAAGGAAUAAGAACCAACCAAAGAAAAAGGGAGAAGACAUUGUGCGGAGAGGAGAAAGUGACUGAACAUAACUCAACAUUACGGACUUGUGACUCAUCAUUUUAACCAGAGAAGGACUGCCACACAAAUGUGGACCUCCCAAAAAGUAGUAAAAUAAUUUCCCCUUUCCAUUUAGAAGACAACAGCAAUAAUAUCUGUGAUGUCUGAAAACAAAGACAUAACGAAUCGCCACCUGCGGCACAAGCUGCAAAGCCUGGGACGGCGGCUGGAUGAGCUUGAGGAGGCCACCAACAAGCUCCAGAAGUCUGAAGAUGAGCUGCUGGAUCUGCAGGACAAGAUCAUCCAGGCAGAGGGCAGCAACUCCUCCAUGCUGGGCGAUGUAGAGGCGCUGCGCAAGCGGCUGCUGAGGAUUGAAGGCAAAGACGAGGAGGUGUGCAAGGCAGAGGAUCUCUGCCGCACAGUGAGGGAGAAACUGGAGGAGGAGGAGAGCUUGACCAAGGACCUAAAGUCUGAGAUUGAGCGCCUGCAGAGGAGGAUGGCUGAGUUGGAGAAGUUGGAAGAGGCCUUCGGCAAGAGCAAGUCAGACUGCAGCCAGCUCUGCCUCAAUCUCAAUGAAGAGAAGAACCUGACCCGGAAGCUCUCCUCUGAGCUUGAGGCCCUCAAGGCCCGUGUGAUGGAAGUGGAUGCAUCAGAGGUAAGGCUGGACCGGGCUGAGAAGUUUCUGGCAGGGGAGCUGGAGCAGCUCAAGGGCCUCACUCAGACUUUUGUGAGUGAGAGGAAGAGGCUCCUGGAGAAGCAAAGGGAGGAUGAGAAGCUUAUACUAAAACUGACAGAAAAGCUGGAUUGUCAGAAGAACAGGAUCGGCCGAGCAGAUCCCAGCCGCACAGACUUGAGGGACCUCCGCAUUGAAGAUGACCUCUCAUCUGGCCUGACUAGCAAUCUGGGGCGCAAGAAGAGCGUGGACUACCUGAAACUGGGCGAUGACGUUGGGCUAAGGAAUAAGUCAGAAAACGAGAAGAACAGCCUUGAUGGCCAGGAAGACAACAAAGUCAAGGAACUCACCCAGGAAGUUGAGAGGCUGAAGAACCGGCUGAAGCAACUGGAACUAGUGGAGGAGGAUCUCAAGAACACAGAGUCAAAGAGCGGGGAGCUGCAGGAGAAGUUCCAACAGGAGAGGUCCCGCAGCCGAGCUCUCAACGAUCAGGUGGAGCAGCUUAGAAUGCAGCUUUGCAGUCACGGCAAUGGAGGGCUUAGCAGUCCAGCAAAGGUCCUUGAGAAUGGCAAGGCAGAAAAUGAAGAGAUCAAUGUCCGGGGUGGGUUCAGGAAGGACAAGCCUAAGUACAGGAGUGUUGCAGCUGCAGAGCCAGCCGCCCCCAAGUACAAGAGCAGAGAGCUGUCCCCGCAGCACAAGAGGGAGACCAAGCUGAGGAGCAAAGAGCUGAGCAACUCUGAGGAAACUUCUCCAAAGUCUGUCAGGAGGGCACUCAGUCCUUCACACAAGAGCAGGAGGACACCAAAGACUGGAUCCUCAACUGCCUCUGACAAUGUAGUGAAAGAAAUAGGUAGAAGGGUGGAGGACAAAACAACAAGGGGAGGAGCCCAUACUCCUGUUAGCACGUCUUUGAGUGACAGCAAGAAGGUCUCGGUUCUUAAUCGCUACCCUCCAGCAGCUAAUGACCAGAAGCCAUGGAAGACAUCUCAGAAGCCAAGUGAGAGUGAAAGCAAAAAGAGCCAAGUGGAUAAGUUUUCUAGAUUGAAUGUUGGUUGUGACAGUGAGUCAAACAAUUCUGUUGUGGUGCCUGAAAGCUCAAGCAAGACGAACACAGUCUCCCCUCCUGAAAAGGAUGCUUCUGCGUCUGACCUGGUGUCUGUGGACCUGGUUCAAGAGGCUCCUCCAGUGUUAAACCUCUCACAGGCCAAUGGGUCGUACACUGCCUACAAGUCCCAUGUGUCCCCGCUGGUCAGUGAUCAUGGCUCUGAGGGUCACUCUUCAGCCUCUGAGACUGAAUCCACUGGGUCCAGGCCCUCAGAACCAGAGCCUGUGUCUGAGGUGGCAGCACUGAGUAGCAGAACCUCCAACCCUCCGAAGUACUCUAGAUACUCUCGCCUACAAGACUCCCAGUCAGAGGGUUCCUCCACCAGGAGCUCUAUUGACGAGGAGCAGAACAGGCUGUUGAUGGCUGAAGGAGGAUAUCUGGAGCCAACUCACACCCCAGCAGGGAUGGAGGUCCGCAGGGUCUGCAGCCCACGGGAGGCCCUGAGGUCAAAGGCAGUCAUCAAGCCUGCCAUUGUGGAGAUAGAUAGGAAGGAAGUUAUGAUAUCCGGAGUCGGGGCAGAGUUCUUGACCUCCAAUGGCAAGCCCAAAAUCUCCACGAAACCUGUCCUGACCACCAACAAGAUGACCAGCAGCAUCACUAUCUACCCCAACGAUCCCAGCUCUUCCAGGACCAGCAGCCGCAGCAGCAGUGUAUCCAGCGAGCCACCAGUCAAGGAACGCCACACGUCCACUAGCAACAUUGUCAUCGGGCCCAGUGAGCACAGGGGGAACAUCUCCAUCCCCUAUGAGAUCUCCAUUCCCAAGAGUGAGAUCACCCUCCGGCCAUCCAUAGAUGGCCCGGACGAAACAGAUCAACCAGGGGUGCUAGGGAUGGCCCGUGCGGAGACGCACCUACGCCCCCGAAGCAGCUUCAGCCUCCAGUCACCGGAGACCAUCUCAGACUUCAACAACGACACAGAGUCAGGUUUUGAGAGCAGCAGUAGCAGCACUACCACAGUCACCAGCUGGAGGAGAUACCACGGCCACCACACCUCCCAGGACGACGGUCUCCCAGAGAUGAAAAACCUGACUGUGCGGAGCACCUGGAGGAACAGGGGGGCGGCAUCUGUGGACGAGCCUGGCCAGGGAGCCAGGCUGGAAGGGGUGGGUUCUGAAGAUGAGUUAGAGUCGGCCACCACGUGGAGGGCGUACCGAGCCACCACUGUCUUGGACAAGGAGGAGAAGGUUAAUGCCACAGGGGCCUCUACAUCACGGGCAGCCAAGCCAUCGCCAGCAGAGCUGUACAUGCGCAGGAUUAAGAACAGUGUGGUGACCACCAGGGACAUUGCAGAGCCGGUGCGCCGGAGCAAGAGCUCUCUGUCACCAACUGAGGGAGUUAUGCAGAGGAGUAUCCCCCACGAGCCUGUCAGUUCUCAGGAGCUCACGCCCCGGCAGACACAACCCAUGGCUGCUGACAACACUAACCCCAGCUCUUGGUCACGGAGGACGAGGCCGGCGCCCAGUGACCUGGGUACCUACGAGAGGGAGAGAGUGAGGAGCUCCAGGCCUGACCUAGGGGCCAGCAGAGGAACGGGAACCACGGCUUCCAGACCAGAGCUGUGGUCCAGUAGGGGUCAGGCUGGCCAUACGGAGAGGAUGACCGGGCGCGGCAAUCGACCAUGGAGCAACCGUCAGACCGACAACUAAACCGGCCAACCGUCUUAGUAGCUCCGCUUCAUAAUGUCCAGAGCUCUCCAUGCCCCCAAACUGUUUGGAGCCCCUCAACAAGGAGAAAUGUACUGUAUCAAGCAUAUCUAAAUCCCCGAGCAACAGCAGUCACAGCCAUACAGAAGAAUAACAACUCUCAAGUCCCUGUCCAGCACCUACCCAUGCUUCUCGGAGUGCAAAAACAAGAUUGCCGCCCUCUGAAACCUUCAACCGCACCCUUCCAUUUGCACAGACACAACAUCUGUUGUAUUAUAAUAUGCCCAUAUACAGUAUCGCUCUGGUGUGGACCUCACCACCAGUGAAUGUAUCUAUCCUCUUCCGCAUCUUCUCCUACCAGAUGUAUUAUAAUGUAUUCCUCAGACUCGACAAGGGAGAGAUGAUCACUUGGGUGACUGGGCCUAGAGGUGUGUGUGUGGGGGGGGGGGGAGAAGAGGAGAGACACAGGAAGGAAGGAUUUGUUGUCUUUCGGAGUGGACCGUUACAAGACCUCACUUUGGAACUUCCCAGCGGAGCUGCACAAAGGAUGGACCCAUGUGACCAGAAACGGGGAGCGAAUUACUUGGAUUAAAAAUAAAUCUACUCUGAUCUUUGAUUUAUUCAAACUUAAUUUGGUGAGCGCUUAGACCAUGCAUUUGCUUUAUACUGACAACAAGAGAACGACCAAUAUGGGUUUAAGGGCCUAUACUGAUUUUUGGAGGUCAAGGAGGCCGAUGGACAAUGUUUUAUGCCGAUAAUUAAUAUAAUUAAAUUUGAGCAUUUUGAUAAAUUCCCAGAGACAGCCAUAAAUCAAUUAUACAAUCAAUUGUACUUGUAAAAAUCUAUCUACAUAACAUAAUAGUAGUCAGUUUUGAAUGCUUAAUCUCUUGAUAAACUGGGUAAAUCAAGAUGGCAUAGGCUUGCAUACUCACGAUACAGGUCAAAUCAUACCCAAUAAGACUGCAUGCAUUCAGCUUUUGAACUAAUUUGGGCUCAUUUCAAUGAUCUAUGGGUCUACAGAUGACAAUCUGUUUCCCUUCCAUUUGAGACCAUGUUAGCCCCAGGGUUGGAUAGUAAACUUGAUUACUUUUAAAUUCAGAAAUGAUGUUUGUGGGAAAAACAUACAUAGUGAUACCAUUCUGUUUUUUCAAUGAUAUUCUAUGAAUCAUUGAAAAAAGGUGCAAGUGUUAAGUUUGUUCCACUUGAGGGAGUCUGACCAGAAGUCAGAGACCACUGUGACGACACACCAAAUGUGUUUGAUGGAUCCUUUUUGUCUUCUUCGAAUGCCUCUUAAGAGGGAAGUAAAUCCAAAAGUCAUCAUAUUGUUACUGAUUACAAUGUUGGACAGGUAACUGUAACACAUUCCAUUUAGAAAGUAGUCUACCAAACCCUGUUAGGCCUAGUGAUCAACAAAAUGUUAAAAGAAGUAGCCUAUUGUCUUCUUUUAUAAAGAUGUCCGCUGCCUCUUUAAAGGUGCUACACAUAGGAUUUUUCUGAAUUGUUGCAUUGUAAUUACAGAAAAUGUUCAUAAUAGAGUGGAAUGAAAGUGUUUCACAGUAUUACUUAUCUGCCAGUGUUGUGAUUGGCUGUGAUAUUCGCCUAGUGAUUUCUCCCGCCAGAGCUGCAUCUGUUGUCAAAAUGGGAAAGCUGUUUUGACUUUGUGGCUAUGUUAUCUAGUGGAAAAGGGGUCAAUCGGACAAUGUAGAAGUCACUCCGUCAUUUACUGGUUGUUAAAAUUAUACACUGUUCACUCAAUUUCAGUUUGUGAGAAAACAAGCACUUAACAGUGUAGGGCAGUGGUCACCAACCUUUUCACCUUGAGUAAAAAAUGCAAGCCGAGCUCUACCGCUCUUUUUUUUUAACAUGACUUUAAAAAAUCUUGCGCCUAUGCAACAUUAACCAAUUAAAAAUGGUUAUGUAGCAAUGAGGUUUGUGCAGUAGGCUAUAGGCCCAAUACAUUAUCACUGCAUAUGGACUAUGCUUGAAUUGCCGUGCCAAUGUUGUUCUUCUCAUUUUGGAAUUAUAGGUAUAUGAUCACACUGGUAAUAGAUCAUUUGUCGUAUUACUUGAGAGGCUGAGUGAGCAUACUUUUUUUUUUACUGGACUGAUUGCCUGGAUCUAUUGGUCAGUCUGAGGAGGGAGCGAGCAGCGGUGAGGUUGACCCUCACCCGACUCACCGUCCCUUCGCUCUCCCUCCCUCUGCUGUGAAAAUGGGACACAGUCUUCCAUCUGAUGGUGAAACUCAAGUCGCACUGCAUUAUUUCUGCUUCAUGCAAUAUUUCAUGUUGCCAGAGAAAAUGAAAUAUUCCUUGAUAUUAAAAAAGACAAGCCACUACUAAUAACAACGCAAGCUUUGCUGUACUCAUUUAUUGCAGCAGCAGGGAGAAAGUGCAUUUUAUGGCUUAUAAAAGGUGUUGAACAGUGUGUUGACAGUGCUGAAUAGCAACUUAAACAUGAACUUACUCAUAAAACAGAAACUCUUUGAUGUAUUUGUUGAGUCUCUCUAGUCCAUGGUUUUAAAUGUUUUUUUGAAAUCUCACAGUAUCAACUUUGCUUCUUUUUACAGUCUCUUGCUCAGGGAAACAGUGCAGUGAUCUGAGCUAUCUGAUUGGACAUUGGUAGGCCUAUAGGUGCACUUGAAUUGCUUUCUGGGCCUGCCGGGUAGGUCGGCGUUCUACUUUCAGACACAUGAAGUGGUUCAAAAUGGGAUUAAUUUGCCUUCCCAUCGCUAGGGCUGCUGAAUCAGGUAAACUUACCGUCAACAGCGAGAAAGCGAUAAAAAAAUACAAAUAGGAACGCAAGGCUUUAUCAUUGUUUUUUUUACAGAAAUGUUUGGUGAUUGACUAGAAAUGCUUGGAGAUCAACCAGUCGCUCGCAAUCGACCGGUUGGUGACCACUGGUGUAGGGAGUCAUUGUACCAUCUAAAUCGCUGUGAAAUAUCUUUUCAAAAACAAAAAAAAUAUAUAUUUUCCAGCUGGUGGACGAAAACCAAAAGUUAAAGGUGUGAGAAGUAAAGUGUGAGCCUCCACCUUGUUAUGGGGAAAUGGGAUGCUGGGGAGGGGGAGAUUUAUUUUGAAUGCGGCCGAGUGCUGUUGCAAUUGACCUAGCUUCCAACUUGGGAGAAAUUCGAGGUGUAGCACCUUUUUAAGAGAAAAUACACCACUCAGGACUCAUGUAGCCAGGCAGUUCGAGAGAAGAAACCACUGGUCACUCAUGUAGUCAUUUAGCAGUGAAUUAUUAACCCAAUUUUUGGUGACAAUCAGCUUUGAAAUGAGCAUGUCUUGAGGUUCCUUGGGGACAUGCUAACUAGCAAUGGGCGGUGCCGGCUUGCAGGGGUUUCACAUGAGAGGCAAGUGCGCUGAGGCUUUAAAGGGGAAACCGGCUGCGCCGAUAGAAUAGGAAAGGCUAAUAUCGGCACAAAAUAUUGUCCCGACCGACUAUUGGUCGUUCUUUACCGACAACCAUAGCAUUUUUGCAGGGUUUUAUUUUGCACAUUGCGCACACACGCACACCUAAAGCCAUUUUUAACCCACAAACAUGACUAUCGUCCCAGGGAAUGCAUAAUGUCGGCCUAAAAGAGGUUUGAAUGUAGGGCUUUGCGGAGGUUUGCAUGUUUCUACGUACUGUAUAAGAGGAGCAUUUUGAAGUUGUGUGCCUCCUGCAUGCCCUCUGCUUUAAGAACAACAAAGAUAAGGACCCUGUCGUAGAUGCACAUUCUUAUUUUCUUAUAGGCUGCAUACAACAUAUCAUCUUCAACACCAGUACCUAAACAUUACGGAAGUUGGUAGCCAAGGACUUUGAUCAAACCUUCAAAUUGUGCUUCAUUUUGUUUCUCAGUCAUUCACUCCCUGUUGCUCACCAUCACCCCCCAACUGGAAUUGUGGAAUAGAGCGGAUUGUCUGUUUGGGCAAAUGGCAGAAAAGAAGGUCCACCCCUUUUGUUUUAGCUUGGGGGGGGGCAUAUACUGAAUAUUAGUCAUCUGGAGGAGGACUACUAUUCCUAGGGUUCUUUGCUUCAGCACACCUCCCUCCCUGGACUGGACACAGAAUGGAGGCUCUGACUGGAACUGCUGACCUGGAUCUAGCUGUAAACUCUGCAGUGCUGCUGUGAACAGCCAAUCCAGCACAGGAAGUUAGGCAUUGGGCUCGUGUUGUCCAAUAUCCACAAGGAACAAUCAAUCCAAAUGUACGCGACUGGGUUCGCAGUGCGAAUCGUCUCAACUCAACUUGUUUUUUUGUUUUUUCUAUAGAAAUGUAUUUUGUUUUAAUAUUAAAACUGGACUUUUUGUUGCUGGAUAAGGGAGGGUUUGGUGUCACUCUGGCCAGAAACCUAGAAAUCAAGGGGGUGCCAUAGAAAUACCACCAGCCUAGUUUUGAGGUCUGAUAUACUCUUACAUAUACACACUGCAAUAUUCAUACAGGCAAUACUCUGUGAACUCUAAACUCCUAACUACAAACUCUGGUAGGAGGGGUACCAUAUCGCUUCAGGAAUGGCAGCUGAACCUGAGAAUGACCUUUGCUUGUUGGCUUGGCUGUCAUUGUAAAGCAAAAGAGCUAAUUAAUCUCCCCCCUUCGAUCCUAUUGGAGAGUCACUGUAUUAUUACGCCAUGCGAUGACUAGGACGUUGGAUCCAGAAUGGGGUAAUACAGGUGUUAAUACGGUUUGUAUCGUUCUACGGCCAGCUUGUUCACUAGUUCUCUUAGAGGUCUCACCAGUCAGAUCUCAAGUUUCCUAUGCGAGAUUGACCAGAGAGGUAGGAGUUUCCCCAUGAUACCGGUCAGUUGUUGUAGUUUAGCUUUACCUGUAUAGUACAAGCCAACCAGCAUUUUCACUGUAGCUUUCAUAUUUAUAAAUUAUUUACUACAAAAUGCAUAUACCUAUUUUUCAUUGUGAACUUUGCAGUUUGGUGAUGGGGACCUAUCAUUUACAGGCCGUUUUAGAUUUCAUAGCGUAUUGAGAAUGGGAAAUGGAAGAAGUCAUCACACAGAAUACAAAAAUAAUGACACCUCGACCCUGAAAUCACCACCUUGUAUUCCUCUAACCCUGUGGAAAUUGGAGGUGCAAUUACCCUCCUCCUGCUAUCUAGCAAUUUACGUGUUUACCUUUUUUAAAUAAUUAUUCCUCCACUUACUGUCAAUGCUGUGUGUGUGAUAAUCCUGGUCUAGAAUUAUGAGAGGAAGUUUUAGUCAAGGUUUGUCUACUGGUUAUUGUGUGGACAAGUAUAAUGAAUGCUCAUUACACAUUUGCAAAGAUUUUUACAUUUGGAGAGAAUAUUUUAUAGAAGAACAUUUUCCAGAAAAUACCAAGAACUUCCAAUCUUUUGAAUUGAAAAGUUUUGUUUUGGGACCCAUAAACAAAUGUUCGCUGCCCAAAAUGUUCUGCCCUUUCCAUUCGCCUGUUAGAAGGGCUCCGGCUCAGCUCAGCAUCAUAAAGCGUUAGUGUUGCCAUGUGGUCCCUUACACGGCUACUGGCCCGUCUGAGAACAUGUGUUUAGUGCAAACGCACACCGCUUGAUGCUGUUCAGAAGCCCUGGGCUGAUGUGCCAAGGGCUACGUGACGACUUGGCCCCGCGACCAGUCCUCCUCGGUUACCAGCAUGACGACCGCCAGCCGGCCACUCGUUCCAAAUCUGUAUUUCCGACCUUGUCACUUCUGUCCUGCACAGUGGUUCUGAGAAGGGAAGAGUACAGUGGUUCCAGUUUCCCCUCCUUUCUCUCCUCCUUCCCCUACCUCAAGAAUGCCUUGAUUCUUAACGCCCGUGAUAAGCAAUGCUAGUUCUGAGAGCCGUUUUACAGGCUGCCAAAGCUUGCCAGCAGACACUGAUAUACAGCUCCCGGGUAACCGAAAGGUCAAAGGUCAAGGCUGGAGCUAAUCGCGUCUUUCCCUUUGACUUUGGAGGGUUAUAAAUACUGGGGGGGGAAAUCGAGACGAUUUGGCAGCGUCCAGCACUAGCCCGAAACAGAGGCAGUCGAUGGGUGUCCAGUCAAAACUGGCCCGCUCUGAUGUGCCAAAAUCCACAUGCUAGUGGUUGUUGUCCAUCAUAGCCAAGGGAUUUAUGUAUAAUGCUCAUAUUAAAGUGUCUGUGCAGACUCUCGAUGCAAAUCACUCACUGGGGAUAUUUUGAUAGUACCGUAGGUUAAAUUGAGCUUGAGCUCCUUUUUAAGAAGGUACGGAUUUCGGAGCUCCGUGUCAAAGUUGAGCCCAGAACACAUGCACAUCAACGGUCAUAGACGUACGUCGCCCUGGGUCGGGUAUCAUCAUAUCAUUAAUCCUAUGAUGCAAGGCCAGCACCCCUUCCCCCGCCAUACAGGGGGGGGGGGGGUCCCCAGGAUGACAGCAGCUGUCGGAAACCAUAGGUUUAAUGUGCUCUCCAAGGGUUGUCCCAGAGAUGGGCUUCAAAGAAAUAAGUUUUUAAAGGGCAAGGCUAAACCCCCCCCCCACGGCCCCUGUGUACAUGAACACUUCACUGUAACGUUACCAUAACUUCCACUGCUGACUGGCCUCGCUAUGCCCAUCUAAGGGUUAGCAAGAGGAGUGGAUGUGUGUUGAGGAGCUCUGAUUUGGGGAAGAGGAUGUGUCAUCAGGACCCCUUACCACAGAACGUCCUCAAAUGUAAACUGGGUAUUAACGAAUGUUUUGGAGUCUUUCCAGGCACCACACGCAGCUGGAAUUGAAAAUAAGGCAUUGCAGGAUUUCAAAAGGGCAAUGGUUCUGAAGUCUCCAGAUGUCUCUGUUUGGGUAUAGUGAGUAUCACAGAUAUUUUGUCUGCUGUAUGGAGAUUGUCCGAUUAGGUAUGAUAGGAGAAAGACUAGGUUUAGACAGGAAGAACCUCCCACCAUUUUGAGAUGAGAACAGAACGGUUAACUCUCCUCAUUCUGUAACUUCCUGGUGUAUAAACAUCUGUUAUUUACACGUCAUUGUUUUUUCCUCUCUUACAAAGUAGCGGAGAGAAUGUACUUAACGGAGGGAGGCUAAGAGACCGGAAAUGGCUCUUUGGAAUGAGUUGGCAUUGGUCCUCAAAGGCCUCCUUUGUAAUUGGAGGGUUCAUGGUGUCAAUGGACUUCAGAAACGGUAAUCUGCACUUAACCAGCACUUAACUUAAGACCCUACAUAAGUAAGCCCCCUUUUGUCAAAAGUCACUUUUGCGCGUGUCCCUGACAAUUUUAUUCCACUCUUUGUGAUUAUUUUUCUUUGCUGAAUGUAUGGUCAUCAAAGGGUGUGUGUGUUUGUUUUUUUGCACCGGCCAUAUUGAAAUUGAUUGAAAGCAACAACUCGUCCGAUAGCGUGAGGAGUUGUAGACUGUUAUUGUACAAAUUAUUAUGGAGUCCUUCAUUUCUAAAAAAAAACAAAUUUUGAUGAUUUUGUGAGGCAUGGCACUCGAUCACAUCCGUGUCUUUGCCUUCUAACAUUGUGCCAAAAUCAUUCCAAAGUGUUUCCAUUUUACAGUCCCGUGAGGCAGCGCCAGUGUUUUCCAAGAUGGAUACCCUGUCUCUCCGACUAUUUGUGCUGAAAUAAGGGGAAAUAUUCAAUUUGAGGGUUUUUCUUUUGUUUUCCGCCCAUGUAUUUUUGUGUCAGUUUUGUAAAAACGAAAGAUGUCUUAUUUUGGAUGCUGUAUCAGAGAUUUUAUUUAAGAAAAUCUUGUAAUUUUGUAAAGUGGGCCUUAUUGAAAUAUAUUUAGUAUUUGUCCUCUUUGAUUGUAAGGAUUUCAUUUUUGCUAGAUACUGUAUGCAUCUUUCUCAUUAAUGCAUUCCUGGAGAGUACUUUCCCCUUUUUGUUUUAGUGCGAGAGAUGUCUCAUGACCUUGAGCUAUGAGAUGGCAAGAGGAGAGAGACAUGUCAGAAGCCAGCCUUGUGUCAUAGUCAUUGAAGAAUGAGAGUAAUGUACAUUUUAUCAGGAGUGGGUCUGCUAGGAGUCAACAGUCUUAAGUCAUUUGCCAUGUGGCGUCCUGUUUUAUUAGCGGUUCAGGAAUCAUUCAGUCGGUCCAGGUUUUUUGCUACUCUGCCCCCCCCCCCAUAAAUUCAGGGUUUGUUCAUCUUGUGUGCUGUUUGCAAAUGCUGCCAAAGAAAAAUAUGUUUAGGCCUCAAGACACACACAUACUUAUGAAGAACUGGAGAUUCUCCAACACACACCCACUCCCACACACACAGGGGAAUUUCGCCUGUAAAAUCAACUAGGGGGGGUUGGAAGUCAUGUUUUUAUAUUGCAGUGUGUUUAUAGAUGGAUAGCAAUGCUUCUGAAAUGGGAGGGGGGGGGACUGAACGUUGUAAUGAAGAGAGAAAUGUACGUUAUGAAAUCAGAUCAAAAAGGUUAUUCUGGGCGUCGCUGCGCCAAGCUUUUCUGUGCCGGUAAUACACAGCAAUACAGUGCGGGAUGCUUUUCUGUCCUCGAGUAAUAAUACAUUUGUGCAUGUUUAACCUUCCCGCACUCCUGCAUGUAGGUCUCUCAAAGCUGCCAACUGUACAGCGGACUAUGUAUUCCAAUCAAAUAAAAAAAGCAACUUGUUUGUAACCUUG